AACCUUAAAAGCCCUGGAAACGUCAAGAGUAGUUAUUUUCUUGGAAUGACCUGGCAGGACUCCUAUUCGUGCAGCUUCAGUGUUUCUUCUUGACUAGCACCAAGUCUGGUGCCGCCUGGGGCUAAUGGUUCCAGAUUGUAGACAGUGAAUUCCAGGCUCCUCAGAGCUCCAGGCUGCAGCCUGGGAAGCCACUCAGUCUUUCCUCCUCUAUCUGCUGGGCUUUCUGGUGCCCAGAAAAGUCCAGAGGGACUAUGACAUAUCGCGUCUUAAUUCUUUAAAUCUGGAAAGCCCUCUGGCCAAAACAAGAAUCUGACCUGGACUGAGAAGAAAGCUGUCAGUCUGAGUGGGGCAGCAUGGAUGCUAUCAGCCAGUCCCCUGCAGAAGCUGUGCUUCCUAAGCACAUCUUGGAUAUCUGGCUCAUUGUCCUCAUCAUCCUGGCCACUAUUGUCAUCAUGACCUCCUUGUUGCUGUGCCCAGCCACUGCAGUCAUCAUCUAUCGAAUGUGGACUCAUCCGAUCAUCAGUGGGGCUGUCUGACAACCAUUCAAGAGGAUCAGGCUGGCAAUGAGGACAUGGGUCCCUUCUCCCAGCCUGUUCUCAGAAAAAAAAUGGGAUGGACUUUGGAGUUAGAUCUGUGUUCUAAUUUUGAUUCUACAGCUGGCCAAUUGUGCAAAUUUGGUCGAGUGACCUAACUCUGAGUUCCAGGUUCCUUAUCUUUCUACUAGGGAUUGUGUUCCCCCACCUUUCCUACCUCAUAGGGCUGUAAGAACCAAAAGACUCAGCAAAGGUGAAAGCUGUUUGUGAGCCAUAAGGCCACCAGGUGUUAAUACUAUGUGCUGAGAAGCUUUGAAGAACCAAAAACCCUAAAAGCCAAUGAUGCCUUAAAGUUGGUGAGGGAGAUGCUGGGCACAGAGCAGCCUUUGCCAGUGCCCCUCGAAUGAGACCAAGGAGGACAGCCACUCUGUCCUUAUUCCAAGGGACCAGUCGCACAUUGGAUCAAACUUAUUUUCUUUGAAUUGUCCCUCCUUUAAUUUUCUCAGUUGGGGUACGGAGGGCUGAGUUUGACAGAGGAAUUGAGGUGGAAAGCACUUUCCAGAACCUUCUCUGUCCCGGAGUUUUUGUACCUGUGUAAUCUAGAAGAGGGCCAUAUCAUUAUCUGGCAGUGACAAGGGAGCUGGGGUGAGGGACUUCUUUCUGCAUUGGAGUCUCAUGUCUCUGUAAACUCUAGCACUCAAGCAAUGUUGGAAAAUGCAGGGUGGCCAAAUUUGGUGUCCAGAUUUUAGGAGCUCCAGACUCUGCCCCUUCUAUACAUCCCACACCCAAGAUGCUGUGUCACUGCUUCCCAGCUCCUGCUACUUUAGCUUGAAAUGUACUGCCUUCCCAACCCCCAAUGGCACUGUAGCCAGCCCAUGGUACUUACGUUUUAGGAAAUACUCCCAAUGCAUUUGGAACCAAUUUAAAGUAAUGAUGGCUAUUUUAGAUGCUAUGAUUUAUAUUUAUACAGUGAUAUUUCCAGACCACUCAAGGUAUUUGAUACCCAAAUCAGGGGCAUCCUAGAAUUUAUUAAAUUAUGUUAGAGGAUAGCAAGAUAGUAGAAUAUGACUGUGUAAAAAUGAUGUUUUUCCUUGAUUUUAUUUCAGCCAAUUUCCAAUAAAAUGUUAGAAUGA